GCGAAAAAGACUAGACGUUGGCUGGCAGUUAACAUGGAAACGUACUACUACUAGCAUUUCGCUUGGAUCGGGCUCUGCAUUUGAUUUGGUUAAAUUUGGUUUGGUCAGCUGUUGGUCAAUAAUUUUAUGCUACAGACAAGAUGGCAGGGGAGGAAGAGAAUGGUGAGAAUGGCUUCAUCAUUGAUUCUGCCAGGCUCUCUACAGAUGGCACAACAGAGGACGGUGGUGAUGUCACCGAAGAGGAAGGAGGCAACAGGGUAGUCACCAAGACGAUGAGUUCUCACAGCAAGGAAGUAGAAAUGAUCCUCAGGUCAGCCAAAGCGGUUCAAGCCAUCGCAGUGGACCUGAGCAAGAAAGGAUUGGUUAAGAUACCCGAGGAGCUUUAUGGCAUGGAUCAUGUUGAGUUCCUGUAUUUAGAGGGGAACCUACUGCAGAAUAUACCACCUGAACUAUUCGAGGAGGUAGUGAACGUCAAAUGGCUGGAUCUCAGGAAUAAUAACAUACAUCACCUUCCUCCUGAGGUCGGCUGUCAUCGGUGCUUGAAGACUCUUUUACUGGAAGGGAAUCGAAUAUCAGAGCUACCACCAGAAAUGGGUCAUGUGAAGUCUCUGACUGGCCUUAAUCUCCGGGGUAACCCUAUUGAGUUUCCACCUCAGAAGACGAUAGAAAAAGGAGUAAAAGAGAUACUACGCUACCUGAGAGAGGCGAUGGCUAUAAGGGGUAGAAGGCUCCAGUCGGCUGAACUGCGAAUUGAGGACCUGAACCUAAGUGAUGCUGCUUCUCAUUCCUCUGGGAGUGAGAAUGAAUACGACCUGAAGAAUCGCCUUGACCCUGCCGAGCGUCUCAACCACAUUCAGUCAUCCAGCAGACUGUCUAUCCGGUCGAGUAUGAGUAAUACGUCGGAUCUAGAGUUUCCCCGGCCCAAGUCUGUCUCGCUGCACAAACACAUGACAUAUGAGGAGUAUAGACAGCUUCAGUACCAGAAGUUCAAGAGAGCCGGGGCGUUAGGGGUUCUUGGGAAAGACAACAUGAGACAAAUAUCAUCAGGAAGAAGGAGAAAAAAGAAACAGAAGCAGAAGAAGAUUCAUCCCCCUCCCAUUGACCCAGUGCAAGCCAAGAUGGCGGAAGAGAGACGACUGGCCAAGCUGGCUCAGCUCAAACAGAAACAGCUUGUGAUGGAACAGAAAAGAAAAGACCAGCAGCUCUUGGAAGACUGGAGGCAGGAGACGAAAGAUAUGCAGCGAAAGCAUUACAUCAGGGCUGUUAAAAAUGCUCAGAAAGGUCUUGGAUGGAAACAGGGUUUUGUUGUUGACCCUGAACUGAAGAUGCCAUACGAUACGAACCCAAAUUAUAUGAAAAUGAUGAAUAGAGAGGAUAUGAUCAAGGUGGAAGUUAAGAAUAAGCAUGAAGCAUUGAAGAAUAUGAUCACCCCUGAUGAACAAAGAAGAAUAGAUCAAACCAAGAUGGAACGGGAUAGGCAGCUGAUUAAUAAGAUUAAAGAACACACUCAGAGAGUACAAGAAAGAAAAUCAAGACCUCGAGGAAACCCAACAAUGGAGAGAGAAGCAGCGCAGAAAGAUUUAGCAGAGGCACAGAGGCUUCAGCAAGCUCUUCAUCAUCGCAAAGACAACAUGGAGUAUCGCUUCAAGGCUUUCACUGGAGAUGAUGUCCCAUCGAUGUCAGUGACAAACACAUCAGGGUACAGGCCCCAACAAAAGUGAAGGAUAUGAACCAUGUCACUGAUGAAAAUAAGACUGUGAUAAAUUGACUGCUUGAACCUUGAACCUUGCAUUUUCAACAGCCCACCUUCCUUUUAUCUGAUUAUAUGUACUUCAGGAUUAAAGAGAUAUUUGAAUAAGAGAGUUAUAGUUGCUUACAAGUAAUAUGGGCAUCAGCUUUCUUGCGGGAAAUGGAUAAUUAUUUGCUGAUCCCAGACUUUGUGAAAAAACAUUGGAAAUACCUGUAAUAGAGACAUCUUUGGGGGAAAGCAAACUUGGUGUACCAGCAAGAGAUGUUCGGUCGUCCCUGCUUAGCCUCUGACAACCAUCAGGCCAGGAAUAGUGAGAUAAUGACUUUAUACCAUGAGGCAACUUCCAGGAGCAUUAUAUAAUGUCUGCUGGUGAUAAAUAUUGUUCUAUUCUGGAUGAUUGAUAUCCAAAUGGUGUGUGCCUUUCAUCUUUUUGUAUAAGAACAUCCUUGCUUUCUUUGAAAAAAAGAGCAGUGGUACAACAAAGCAAAAGAAAACCUAUAUCUUUUGAUCAGCAAAAUAAAAGGAAUAAAAUAUAAAAAAAAACAGCUGUGAAACAUUUAUUUUUAGCCCCUACAUAAAAAAUUUAAAAUAUUUAUUUACAGUCCAUGUAUAUGAUAUACAACUUAUGACCUGUCACUCAUCCUGCACCUGGAGCAUACGGCAUUGACAAUGUCUCCGGUCAUUGACUGCCCCUUCACUGCAGUCUGUCAUAUAUUAGUAAUAUACAUUUUUCUCCCUCCCAUAACAAAAAAAAAGAUUUUUUGGUGCUUUUCUUUCAUUGCUCAUGUUGACUGGAUGUGACUCUCUAAUUGAAAACAAAAGUCAUUACAAAAGUUAUUAAAUUUGAUAGAAGAAUGCUUAAGUAGUUCAUUUGUGUAAAGCUAUAAUUCGUAGCUUUUAUUCUUUAUCUUGCCCAAGACUUAUGCUGGUCAUUUGGUCAGUGGUAUUUCUAGUCACAUUUUGUUAUAAUUCAAUGUUAAAACACUUUGGUCUCACAUUUAGGUAUUUCAUAUUCCAAUCUUUUUUACAUUGGUGCCAAACUUGUAUUACACCCCGGGUAUCGUCUCAAGUACAUGUACUUAGCAAUAAAACUCAUGGUAAUGGGUGUACAUUCAUUCUUUUCAUAUGAUAUGCUUUAAAUCUCCAAUCAAUUUGUUAGCUAUAUACAACAUUUAGAUUGAUUUCUUUUUUUGUUCUCUCUCUUUCAAGAAUGAAUAGCCUGUAAUCAAAGAAAGUUUGAUAGUGGAAAAAGCGUAUUCAAAUUGUGUGUGUGCUCAAAACCUUGAAUAUUGAAUAGUAUAUUCCUUAUUUAUGAAAUUUUUUAUAGAUAAUUUGUGUGAAUGAAGACAAAGGAAUAAAGUUAAUGUUUUGAUUUUAAAUAUUUUUUCCUGUAUCGACUUGAAAUAGCCAAACAUAGAAAUGGUUUGCAAUCAUACAGAUGUAUGUUUUAUAAACCAACAAACUGCAGUUUGAUAUUUUGACAUUGUUGGGAGUAUUCUUGACAUAUCAAGAAUAUUUCACAAAUGAUGAAAUCCGUCCAUUCAAAAUUACAUUCAUGUAGAUCAAACUUAUCUUCUUGGAGAAAGCAUUAACGCUUGUAUCAAGUUUGGGUGAAUUUAAAGACUAUUCAUUUUCAAAAUGUGAAUUCAUCAGCAGAUAUACAAAUGAAAGAGUAUACCAUUAAACAUGUAAUGUGUGAAGGAUUUAAGAAAAAAAAUCGUAUUACGGUGACUAUACUUUUGUAAUAUUGGAUUGUUAAAAUGAUGGUCCAAUAUGAAUCUUAAGCUUUACACAGGCUUUUGAAUGUGAUGUCAUUAAUACAUUCCAACUAGUAAAUGUACAAAGCAUAGUGUGGUCUUGUUUUCUUCAGUUUUUUUUUGGGGGGGAGGGGGCAGUUGCACUGUUCAGAAAGAAAGUUCAUCUUGUAAAGCUAACAGGGUAUUUGUUAGAUAUAUAUUAAUGUAAUGUGCCAUUAGUGCACCAGCUCAUGAAAGUUGUCAGCUCCAGCUUCAUUAUCUGGGGCCCCGUGUCAUAAAGGACUUACGACUGUUGUAUCUUUGCCAUUAUGGCAAGUACCAUGGCAACAGGGCUCAGCAGCCAAUCAAAAUUAAGGCUACCAUGGAAGUUGCCAUAAUGGCAAAGUUAUGACAGUUGUAACUCUUCAUGAAACGGGCCCCAGCUGUGACAAUGUCAAUAAGGAAAUCUUUUGUUUUCAUUUGUCAAGAACUUUCUCUAACUGGUAACUAUGUAAUUCAUUACUUUCUCCAUUCCAAUCUUAAAGCGCAUUGAGACCUUUGUAAGGUGUAAUGUGCUAUACAAAAACUGUUCUAUUAUCAUAUUUUUUCUCCUACACAUUUAUUUACACAAAGGUUGGAUUCAUUGGAGACUGAGCUUGUAUAAUUGCUGGCUAAGGUCUAUGGAAAAUGUGUGUUAUAGCUUUAUCAGCCAGUCUCCAGCAAAUUAAGCUUGAUGUUCUUUCAUUUUUCUGCUGCAUUAUAUUUGUGGCAUCAAUUACCAGUCAAUGCUUUCAUGUAUACAUAAACAUAUAUUUGUAUAAAGUUGUAAAUAAAUUACAAUGACCAUGA